CUGGCGGUGCGGGAAGCGGCGGGGCGGCGGCGAGGCCGAGGCGGCGCGCGGGGCGCGGGCGGCGCGGCCAUGGGCUCGCAGGGCAGCCCGGUGAAGAGCUACGACUACCUGCUCAAGUUCCUGCUGGUGGGCGACAGCGACGUGGGCAAGGGCGAGAUCCUGGAGAGCCUGCAGGACGGCGCGGCCGAGUCCCCGUACGCCUACAGCAACGGGAUCGACUACAAGACCACCACCAUCCUGCUGGACGGCCGGCGCGUGAAGCUGGAGCUCUGGGACACGUCGGGCCAGGGCCGCUUCUGCACCAUCUUCAGGUCCUACUCCAGGGGCGCUCAGGGGAUCCUCCUGGUGUAUGACAUUACCAACCGCUGGUCCUUUGAUGGCAUUGACCGCUGGAUCAAGGAGAUUGACGAGCAUGCACCUGGAGUGCCCCGGAUCUUGGUUGGAAACCGGCUGCACCUGGCCUUCAAGCGCCAAGUCCCGACGGAGCAGGCCCGCGCCUACGCAGAGAAGAACUGCAUGACCUUCUUUGAAGUCAGCCCCCUGUGCAACUUCAAUGUCAUUGAGUCCUUCACGGAGCUGUCCCGUAUCGUGCUCAUGCGGCACGGCAUGGAGAAGAUCUGGAGGCCCAACCGAGUGUUCAGCUUGCAGGACCUCUGCUGCCGGGCCAUCGUCUCCUGCACCCCCGUGCACCUCAUCGACAAGCUUCCACUGCCCGUCACCAUCAAGAGCCACCUCAAGUCCUUCUCCAUGGCCAACGGCAUGAACGCAGUCAUGAUGCACGGCCGCUCCUACUCCCUGGCCGGUGGGGCUGGGGGCGGUGGCAGCAAGGGCAACAGCCUCAAGAGGUCCAAGUCCAUCCGCCCGCCCCAGAGCCCCCCGCAGAACUGCUCACGGAGCAACUGCAAGAUCUCCUAGCAGAGAUGGGCGGGCCGCCUGUGCAGAUGCCGGGAGGGCUCGGGGUGGACACUCCCGCAGGGACGCCGGGCCAGUGCUGCCUGCGUGAAGACUGGCCACAGAGCUGCCUCGGAAGCACUAGGCUUUCCCCACACCUGAGCCGGGUGUGGGGCGGAGCACGCACGGAGCCCGUAUGGCAGGUGGGAGGAGGGUCCGCGGCUGGGCUGCUGGUGCUUCUGGGAAUCUUGGUCUCAAACAAGCUGGGCCUCUCCGACUGCCUGAGCUCAGCCGGUGGAGAGCCUGACUUGCCUUUCUUAUUUAUAUACAGAACACUCCACCCUUUUUGUACAUUUUUAAGGGGCCUUCAGGGAAGCCUGUGUGUGUCCCUGUGGUGCACUGGUGACUUCGUGGCCACACCAGCCAUGGGGACGCACUCGGGACGCCUCGGGAGGGGAUUUGUGACAGCGAUGGGAAGGAGUCGCCCUGUGAAUCCACGCACUGUGAAUGGCAGGGCUGCUCAGAGGCUGGCGGACCAGACGGGUCAGUGCUCCCUCUGGAAGCUUGGGUGACCGCGGCCCUGGCUCCCAUGGGCCACUCCGACCUCAGCAGUCUCCGUGCUGGCAGUGGAUGGAGGGUGUGGUCCUGUGGUCAGAGCCCAAGCAACACUCAGGAGAGGGGAGAAGUGAGGUGCACACUGUUUUUGCUCCCCAAAUCCCUUCUUCCUACAUGGGGCUGAGAACCUUUGAUGUGACACCUUUGGGGACGUUUACCACUCAAAACUCAGAUCAGCCUCUCUCCCACCCUGGAGAGUGCAGAGCUAUCUGUGGACGUAUGAAUACUUGACCGGCCGCAGCCCGCCUGCCUCUGGCGGCAUCUGGACCCCUGCACCCGAGUGCAGUCUCCUGUUCUCGGCAGCUUUUGUCGCUGGCUCUGGUGUCCCCAUAGCUGCUGCUCUCCUGGGAGGUCACCCGGCGUCGGGACCAUCCUGACCUGCUUCUUAGGGACACGCCUGGAACUGCCUUGGCCAUGUCCAUGUCGGGGCCUCAGGAUGCCAGGCCCCUCCUCAAAGCCCCACCAGCCCGGCGCUGCUGCCGAGCCCGAGGCACACAGGGCCGGCCACUGCUCUUCUGAAGCCAUUGGCUGCUCCUCCGCCCAGUGCUUCUGCCACACCUGGCCCCAGUGGCCCCUCUGCAGGGUUGCAGUUGCCUGGGACUGCCCUCCCCACCCCUGCAGACACCGCCGCACUGGUGCUCACCUCUACCUCCUGCCCUCAGGCCGCACGGCAUGGCAUGGCUAGCACGAAGAAGGAGCCCUCCGGGGGCCCAGGAUCCCCUCGGCUGGGACUGCACGGCGCAUGCUUCCCAAGAUGGCCCCAUGGAGGGUGUACUGGGCACUAGUGAACUUGAAGCCGCAUGGCCCAUUCCAGGAAGAUGCGGGCCAGGGCCUGUGUGAGCUGCCAGAUGAGUAAGGGAACCCUGGCCUCCUGAUCCUGUCCUGGCCCCCCUACCCCGUCCUGUUCUGCCAGCAGGACCUGCGUUUGGGAUCAUGAACGAGACCUAGACGGGCCGCCAUUCACGGUAUCAACACUACCCUCACUGCUGUUAGACACUCGCACCGUUCCUGUUCUUUCCCAACCCUUCGUUCUUUGUACAGUAAAUGUCAGAUUCA